ACUCGAAGGAAUUAAGAGGAGAAGAAUGGCGAGCCUUUCUGUUCGAGCUAUUGCGUGCAUCUUCUUAGCUUGUCUCGUAUCUUCUCGAGCAGCUCCCCUUUCAUGCUCCAGUGUCGUCGGCGCCGUCACCCCUUGCUUCUCCUACAUCGCAGGCGGCGGCGCCACCCCUCCGGCGGCCUGCUGCAGUGGACUGCGGCAACUGAAAGGCAAGAUGGUUACCAAGGCCGAUAAAGCGGCCGCCUGUCAGUGCCUGAAAAAGGCAGCAGCUACACUACCAGGGAUCGAUUACGGCCGCAUCAAUAAGGCCGUAAAGUAUUGCAAAGUCGGCUUCCCUUCCAUCAGUCCUGGCGUUGACUGCAAGAAAUUUUGAGGUUUCUCAUCUGGCAGAGAAAUGGGGAGAAGAUCAAGAAAUAGGCGGCCUACAUUUUUCGUCUUAUGACAUUUUGAUAUUGUUCACUCAGUGUGCGAGAUCGUUGGCUUAAAUAU